AUGGCGGUGGCGUUGGUCACCGGUGGCUGUGUCGGUAUUGGUGGUCUUGGUGAUGGUGUCAGUGGUUUUGAUGGUGAUGUUGGCGGUCUUGAUGGUCAUGGUGCGGGUAUUGAUGGCAUUGGUGGUGGUGUUAAUGGUCUUGGUACUGGUCUUGGUUGUGGUCUUAGUGCUCUUGGUGGUAGUAUUGGUGGUCUUGGUGGCAUUGUUAGUGGUCUUGGUGGUAUGGGAGGUGGUCUUGGUGGCAUUGAUCUAAGAGCUUCUUCUGGGGGUAUUGCUGGUAGAGUUGUUGAUGUUGGUGAAAGCCAUCCUGAUAAUGAUGCUGAUGCUGAUGCUAGGCCACUGAAGAAGGCGGGCAUAUACGCGACACUUGGCGAUGAAGAGAGGACGGAGCUACGAAAUGCCAAGUAUUCUAAAAAGAAGAAACCUGUAAAAGAAUAUACCAUGCAUAUGUUUGACAACCAAGACUUUAGGAGUAUGACAGCUACGUAA